AAUGAAGUUUGUGGUCCACACCCUUCCCUCUUCUUUUUCUACCUUUUUGGCUCCAUAUAAACUCUUCCAUUCACUCACAAUGCUCCCAGAGACAAGCUCUAACCGUUUUCUUGCCCCCAGCAUCUUCUUCUUCUUCUUCAUACUUGUCAGAAGAACUCAUAAUGGAGAUCAAGAGUAGAGACAGGAGGCAAGUGUCAAUUGAGAAGGUGAGGAGAGAAAGUCCAGUUGAAGUUGAGGAUGAGGAAGAGGAGGAGGAUGAAAGUGUGGCUGGCGGUGAGGGCUGUCUUGCAGAAGAUGAGAGGAAGAAGGGUGGUGCAGGUGGUGGUGGGAGAAGAGGGUCCACUGGGGGUGGAGUUUCUCCACCUUCUUGUCAAGCAGAGAUGUGUGGUGCUGAUUUGACUGUUGCAAAGAGGUACCAUCGCCGCCAUAAGGUGUGUGAGCUUCAUUCCAAGGCACCUUUUGUGAUGGUUGCAGGAAUGAGGCAGAGGUUUUGCCAGCAAUGUAGCAGGUUCCAUGAGCUGGCAGAGUUUGACGAAGCUAAAAGAAGCUGCCGGAGACGCUUGGCCAGACACAAUGAACGGCGCCGGAAGAGCAAUGCUGAGACUUGCAGUGAAGGAUGCAGCAGCAGCAAAGGACAGAACCCUACAGAAAGCCUAUGCAGAAAUGCUGAUGACUGGGGAAGAAUUCAGAUGAACAUGGCAAGGAAUUCUGGUUACAGGUCCUUCCACUUCAGAUGAAUUCAAUGUGUUCAUCAGCAUGCUCCCUCUCUUCUGUCAAUGGAUCUUUACAAUAUGCCAAGGCAUAUAAUAAAGUCCACUUUUUAUGUUACGAGAAUAAGAAUCUAAAACCAGAAUUAAAAACCCCCAACACUUAAAGGUGGUGUCAUAUGUAAACUACGUCAUAGUGCUGAAGCUCUGUAUUUUAUUAUUUACUUACCAAGUUUCUUA